AUGACCGAGGAAAAAGAGGGUGUCUCAAGUCCAUGGGUCAUUCCUCAGGGUUGCAAGCUGUCCGAGCUCCAGGAUCAAGGUCACUCUGUGUUUGCAAACCAUUUUGACACAGCAGCUUUCAUAGAGAACUCUGAUGGUGUGUCUUUGGUCUUGGACAACGCAAAAGAUUUCUUCCUUACCUUUGAUGUGAAGUUUGUCUUCAAUAGUAGCGUCUCUGUGGUUCUGGAGACCACAGAAAAGGGGCGUCCUUACAUCAUCCAUUACAUCACUAGUCCACUCCUUCUUUCCUUUAAAGACCGAGAGGUCAUCUAUGGCAUCGGCUCUCGAGCCUCCUGGAGUACUGUCAGUUGCGAAUUAGGAGUCGGUUUGUCCAACACAAAAGUGGUGAAGGCAACCAAGACCAUGCCUCGCCGUGUGGUCCAGCCGGUUCUUAGAGGUUCUGGCUUUAUCAACAAUAUCACUGUGUCUUCCACUGCACACAUGGCUGCCUUCUUUGCCGCCAGUGAUUGGGUUCUUCAAAACCAGGAUGAGCACGGAGGUUGGCCGAUUAAGGUGACCCGUAAGCUCAGAGAGGGUUUCAAGAGCUUGGAGCCUGGAGCCAUGGCCCAAGGCAAAGCCAUGUCGACAUUGGUGAGGGCGUACCUGGUGACGCACAACCCUGCAUACCUCGGCGCCACAAUUCGACCAACAUCCCCCUUCAAGAGGACCUCGGAACAACAUGGCGUCAAGGCGACACUCUUGAACAAGUACAACCGGUAUGAAAAAUACCCCACAAUGCCUAGUUCGUUUGUUCCUAAUGGCUGUUGCGAGCACAAAGGUUCACUACAAAUAAGGAGAAGACGAGUACAUUCAUCUUACGAUGUUUGAGCUUUAUUUUACAUUCAUGCUUCAAAUGAGCCAGGUUUUUUUACAUGAAUGGAACAAAGAGUUUAAAAACAUCCACCAAGUCCAGAGAUGCCACACCAACAGGAAUGACCUGCUUUUAUAGAGAGCAAUGAACACCAUGAAGCUGGUGCUCCCAAUCACGCAAUCAGCUGGUCACCUGCAAACAAUACACACACACACACCAAGAAACGGCCAACAGGGGCGUCACAAUGGCUUUAUCUACUCUCUGAUUGGGCUGUAUGAUGUGGCAGAGUUCAGUCAAGGACUAUAGUCGCUCAAGGCCAUGUUGCCAUUGUUUCACACAGGUUCUGGAAAGGUUUAUGACCUGAGACACUUUACCCUGGGUGUUGCCCCUAAUUUGCACGCUGAGACUACCACACCAUGCACAUCAACCAGUUACAGCUGCAUGCAUCAGUUGACAGUACCCCCAUUUUCAGGUACUAUGUGAAAUGCUGGAAGACUUACCUGAAAGGAGGCCGGGCCAAGAACAACUAGACUUUCUUAGAUGGCAAAUUUAUAUCAAAUUUUGAACUAUUGUUUGAGAAUGAAGUAAACUGAGCAUUAAUAAUUAAAUAAGCAUUUUUACUUUACAUGAAAAGGGUUUCAUGUUGUAUCCAUCUUGAUUACUUUAAAAUGUCUUGCUGAGGAGCUUGAGUUGUUGUACAGACUUUGAGAAUGUGGAGUCACCUAAAAUAUUUCCAAAAUAUCAUGGUAUAUUUGAAUGUGAAAAGCAAUGGACAUUUAUUUACACAUAUUUUGAAAAAAGCACAGCAGAUUUUCUCUAAACUAAAAUGACUGUAUCUUGUUGCAUACAAUUAGUGAAUGUGAGUAGUCGCACUAAUGAUUGUGUAUUAAUGAAUCUAUGAAUAGGUUAUAGUGUAAAAAUGUCAUUAUUGUUGCAUAAUGGUAA